AGGAGACCAGGACAGCCACCAGAACCUCUGAGAAGCCCAGAUACCAAGGAGAGAAGAUGUUUCAAAUUGGGGGCCUCAUUGUCUUCUGUGGGUUGCUGACCCAGACCACAGCCCUGUUGGACGCCCUGCCCUUGCCCUUGGGUCAGGCCCAAUCCUUGCCUCUGACUCCAGCCCUGGCCUCAAGUCCCACAGAUGGUGCUGGAAGCCUGAUAAGUGCUCUCAGCAAUGGCCUGCUCUCUGAGGGUCUGUUGGAUAGUCUCACAAACCUUCCACUCUUGGAUAUUCUGAAGACUGAAGGAGGCAAUUCUGGUGCCCUGAUUGGUGGCCUGCUUGGGAGAUUGACUUCAAUGAUCCCUCUCCUGGACAACAUCCUUGAUGUGAAAGUCACUAAUCCCCAGCUGCUGGAACUUGGCCUUGUGCAGAGCCCUGAUGGCCAUCGUCUCUACCUCACCAUCCCUCUGGGUGUGGUCCUCAAUGUGAAAACGCCCCUUGUCGGAAGUCUGUUGAAGCUGGCUGUGAAGCUCAACAUCACUGCAGAAAUAUUAGCAGUGAGAAAUGAACAGGGGAGGAUCCACUUGGUUCUUGGUGACUGCACUCACUCCCCCGGCAGCCUGGAACUCUCCCUGCUUGAUGGAGUUGGCUCCCUCCCCAUUCAAAACCUUGUUGACAGCCUCACUGGGGUCUUGACUAAGGUCCUUCCUGAUCUGGUGCAGCACCAGGUGUGCCCUCUGGUCAAUUCAGUUCUUGCCAACUUGGACAUGACCCUGGUGCAUGACACUGCCGAUAAACUGAUCCAUGGGCUGACAUUUGUCAUCAAGGUCUAAGCCUUCCAGAAAGGGACCUGGCCUCUGCUGAGCUACCAUUUCCUGCUGCUCAAUCCACUCCCUGCCCAGCUUCCGAGGACUCACAGAAGGCUAUCUAUUUCCUGGACACUGUUUGGGGACCAGAACAGCCUUUUCUCCAAGGAAACUGUUCCCUCUCCUUUCCCACUACAUUCCAUAUUCUCACCAAAUAAAAUUGC